GAAAAGAAGAAGCACAACAUUGAUUGUGCGGUGUCUGGUUUUUAGUGAAAAUCUUGCUAAUACUCCCAGAAUCGGAAGAUUUCCCGCAAAAAUCGUUGUUCCAUACGUUCAUUGUGCAAAGGGCCAGCCGGAUUCGGUGGAAGUUGACCGCUAGAGCCAGUGCCAGAGUGGAAAACCCCAGUGCAAAGUGAUGCCGUCGAAGAAGAAAAAGUACAAUGCACGAUUUCCGGCGGGAAGGAUCAAGAAGAUCAUGCAAACCGACGAAGAAGUCGGCAAAGUGGCGCAGGCGGUUCCCGUUAUAAUCUCUCGAACCCUUGAACUGUUCGUCGAGUCACUUCUUACCAAGACGCUCCGCAUCACGAAUGCCCGCAAUGCGAAAACCCUUUCGCCAUCGCACAUGAAGCAGUGCAUCAUCUCCGAGAGCCGGUUCGAUUUCCUACGGGAUCUGGUCAAAAACAUCCCGGACAUUGGCGUCAACGAGGAGCAGCUUUCCGGUUCUGAAGCCGGAUACGGAAACGAAGCUGGUGCAUCGCCCGCUUCCACAUCCACAUCGUCAUCUUCGAACGGGGGCGCAGUAGCCUGUGCCAUCGUCAGCGGCGAUGCCAGUUCCUCCGGAGCAGUGUUACUACAGAGGUCAGAAUCAUACACACCGGCCAGUAGUUCCAGCUAUGCCAGUGCUCUACCCAUCGCCUCACAACUUCAUCAUCCAUCGCAGUCCCAGUCCCAGCUUCAACAGCAACAGCAGCAGCAGAGUCAACCACAGCCUAACAGUUUGAAGCGAACAUUCAACCAUGCCAACAGCCUGAAUUUCUACAAGGAAAUCUCGCUGGAGGACUCGAGCAGUACCAGUAGUCACCGGGAACCUCCUCCGAAGCUCACUCGAUUGCAUUCGGCACCGGCAGCCACCGCCACCACAACGAAUUCGAUCCCUAUCAAGAUCGAUAUCCUACCAAAUCUGCCAAAGCCGGCACCGUCCUCUUCAUCAACUUCAACUAGUUCAAACAACAGCCAACCGCAGCUGAAGACCAACAGCGGCGGAGGCGUCGCUUCAAAUAGUAAUAACUUUAAGAUCACCUACAAAAUAGCUGCGACGAGUAUCCCAACGACACCGACCGCGAGCGACCAGCCCGUCAUCAAGCUUGACUAUUCCAACCUGAAACUUCCGAUGACGAUCGGUGCCGGCGCCACCGAGCAAUCAAAACAGUCCCAUUCGACUCCGCGCCAGCAACAGCCAACGAUCAAGAUUGACCUGAGCAAUAUCAGCAACUACAGGAGUCCCAUAGUCAAGUCCCAGUCAUCUCCGGUGGCGCUGAUAGCCGGAAGCACCAUCAGCGUUAAGCAGCAGCAGCAGCAAGUGCCUUCAACGCCAACUACUGCCAGCACUCCGUCGACGCCGCUGUCGGCCUUCAGCAGUGCAUCGUCCUCCUCCAGUUGCGGCGGAAGCGGCAGUAGCAGCAGUAAAAAUCCGUACGUUUUUCAACAGCAGUCAUUGCAAGCUCCGGCUUCGUCGACUGUCGUGGCGGCGUUGGCGUCGGCUUCGGCGUCGGCGGCUGCAGCUUCUAGUUCUAGCGGACCAGCAGCUCCGCUCUAUUCCAGUGUUUCCUCGGCGAUUCCCGGCAUGGACGAGGACUAUGAUGAUAUUUAACUCGGAUGCGAGUGUGAGUAGAGUCAUCUUUCCUUCGCUAUUGUUUCAUGUUACCUUUUUUUUUGUUUUCGCUGCUUCAUCAGCUGCAUUUAAGUACUACGUUUCCUCUUUUCUUUCUAUCCAAGAGUUGUUUAUAAUAGAAUUUGUAAUUUUCCAAAUAUACAAACUGAACUAGGUAAACUAACUACACAUGUGUACAGAACGGAUAGUGUUCACCUUUUCAAGCGAGAAGCAUAUUUUCAUCCUGGUUUUAGUCGCUAAGCUGUUUUUAGUUCAACUUUAAAAUGAUACAUAUUUAAGCAGAUGAGAUGAAUGAUUUCGAAAAAAAAUAUACAAACCUUUAUUGGAAUGAAAAUGUUUAGUUCAAAUGUGCACGUUUUAGUAUCAUGCAUGGAGGAAAUAAUUAUGCUAAAGUGUGUGACGUUGAUUUGUUAUUUUUUUACAAAAAUACAUCCACACAUUCACCCUUACGCAGAUUAACGAGAUGGAAUGAUUUUGUACAAUUCAUAAUGCCGAUAUUGAUAAAUAAAUUUAUUUAGGAUUUA